CCCUCACUCCCUUCGCUGGCGGCCACAGAGCUCGCGGAGGGCCAUUCAGAGGUGGCUGCAGGUGCGCGAGGCAGCAGCAAAAGCCGGAGCAGGAGCAAGCAGCGGCGCGAGCCUUUCCCCGCCCCCUCCUCCCUCCCCAACGGUCUCUCUCUCUCUUGAAGGCCGCCUCAGUCCGCCGCCUGUGGAGGAUGUGAGGCGCCGGGGCUGAGCUGCCGAAGCGGCGGGGGGCGGCAGCAAGCAGCCCGAGCGUCCCUCGGAAGAAGGCCCCGCCGCCUCCCUUGGAGUCGGGUUGUGUUUUCUCCCUCAGGAAGGCCGCCAUGUCGAACUCCUCCUCCUCCUCGGCCUCCUCUUCCUCCCAGACCCCUCCGCACCCCCAAGUCCCCCCACAGAGGAUGCGCCGUGCCGCCGCCGCCUCCCCCACCAGUAACGGCGGGAGUAGUUGCAGCGGGAGUAACGGCGGGAGUAACGGCGGGGGCUCCGGGACCAGCCGCCUGCUCCAGCCCAUCCGCGCCACCGUCCCGUACCAGCUCCUGAGGGGCAGCCAGCACAGUCCGACCCGCUCCCCGGUGGCCUCGGCCUCGGUGGGAAGCAACACCGGACCCGGAGGGAGCCCUCCGCCGCCCUGCAGCUCCACCCCGCCGCCGCCUCUCGCCCCCGCCGCCCCGGAGGCGUCGCCUGCUAAUGCUGCGAGGGCGAAGGCCAGGCCGAGGCGCUCCCCCGACGCCGCCAGCAACAGCCACCAGCCCCCGGGGAGGCGGAGGAGCAUCUCGCCCGAGCGGAGGAGCCCCAGCUCGCCCAUCUACCGAGUGGACAGGCCAAAAACCCAGCAAAUUAGAACUUCUAGCACUAUAAGACGCACCUCUUCGUUGGACACAAUAACAGGACCUUACCUCACAGGACAGUGGCCACGAGAUCCCAACAUACACUAUCCUUCUUGCAUGAGAGAUAAAUCUACACAGACACCUAGCUGUUGGGCAGAAGAGGGAUUAGAAAAGAGAUCACACCAGCGUUCGGCUUCAUGGGGCAGUGCUGAUCAACUAAAAGAAAUUGCCAAACUGAGGCAGCAGCUCCAGCGCAGUAAACAAAGUCGUCACAAUAAAGAAAAAGAGCGUCAGUCACCUCUCCAUGGCAACCAUAUAGCAAUCAAUCAGACUCAGGCUUCUCUCUCAAGAUCAGUCCCUAUGCCAUUGUCAAAUAUUUCAGUGCCAAAAUCAACGGUUUCACGUGUGCCAUGCAAUGUAGAAGGCAUAAGCCCUGAAUUAGAGAAAGUGUUCAUAAAAGAGAACAGUGGAAAAGAAGAAGUGUCCAAGCCCUUGGAUAUUCCUGAUGGUCGGAGAGCACCGUUACCUGCUCACUAUCGUAGCAGCAGCACACGCAGCAUUGAUACGCAAACACCUUCUGUCCAGGAGCGCAGCAGCAGCUGCAGUAGUCAUUCCCCUUGCAUCUCUCCCUUUUGUCCUCCUGAGUCUCAGGAUGGGAGUCCUUGCUCCACAGAAGACAUGCUGUAUGACCGUGACAAAGACAGUGGGAGUAGCUCACCGUUGCCCAAGUAUGCCUCCUCUCCUAAACCCAACAACAGCUACAUGUUCAAACGAGAGCCCCCAGAGGGAUGUGAGCGAGUGAAGGUCUUUGAGGAAAUGUCGACUCGUCAGCCUGUCUCAGCCCCUCUCUUUUCAUGUCCUGACAAAAACAAGGUUAAUUUCAUCCCAACCGGAUCAGCUUUCUGUCCUGUAAAACUUCUGGGUCCUUUACUACCUGCUUCUGACCUAAUGCUUAAGAGCUCUCCAAAUUCUGGUCAAAGCACCGCUUUAAGUACUCUGACUGUUGAGCAGCUUUCCUCUCGGGUCUCUUUCUCCUCUCUGUCGGAUGACACCAGCGCAGUGGACACUUCGGAGGUCUUAGUCCAACAGCCAUCCCAGCAGCCACCACAGCUUUUACAAGACCUGCAGUCUGAAGACCAUCCCCUUCCUCAAAAUUACGUAAUAAUUUAGAUCAUGGCAGAGUGUCGGUUUGAAACUCAAUUGCAUGAGUGGCAAUUUUUCCAGAAAACAAAACAAAGCUACUUAUCAGCUUCUUUCUCUUUUUCAGUGCUGUUCAUGGCAGGGACAGAAUGCUCUUACUCAGCAUUCGUGUGUUGCGCAUCUUCGGGUGGGAGGAACAGAAUGUUUGCAGGAUCUGUGUAUCAUUAAGCAUUUUAAGUGGAGACUAUGCAUUUCAUAGAAUGUUUGGCCAGAUUAGUACUGUGUCCUGUUUCAAAUUCUACAGUAUAAAUAAGCUCUAUAUCAAACAAAGGUUGCCUGUCUAAAUAGAAAAUGUCUUGCUGUGUUGUGUUCUAUGGAAAAUAUUGUACGUCAGGAUUAUGUUUACAAUUUAUCCAGGUAUUUAUGUUUUGAACUUCUGUAAUACAUACAAUGCAAAAAAGAAAAAUAUAUGGCCACACCAGUUGCACAGUGCCCACCCUAUGGCCUAGCUUCAGGUACUUCUCUCGAAGUCUAAACUCAGGUAACUUGGAAUGUAUAUCACGUUGGGAUAUAAAAUAUUUUACAGCUAAAAAGCUAAAGAGGGUACAUCACUCUUCUGCCUUUCAUUAUUUUAUGCAUUCAUAUUUCCUCAUUACAUUCCACUUUCUUGGGAAAAGUGCAUUCAGAUCUAGAGGAAUAACUUACCCUUGACAUGGGUAAAAACAUGAGGAGAACCAGCAAAUUGUGAUGUCUGUCAUUGCAUUGCAUUACAUUACAUUGCAUUGUCCUGUGGUUACAACUGUUGCAUUUACUGUCAUUUUAGCGUGUAGACUCGCAUCUAAAUGUUUCAGGUUUGCACAGUUAAUGACUGUUAAGCUGUUUGUGAAUACAGUACUAGAUUGUACAUAAACAUUCCAUGGCGUGUGAGAGAGAGAAACAGUCCAAGACAAGAAUGUUUUCAUUUUAAUUACAGGAAAAGAUAAAUAAUCGGGUUUCAAUUGGGGUGCAGGAUUUUUCCCCUCAUGUUUGCGUUGGCAAGUUAAAGACAUGAAAUGCUACUGUUACCAUUUUAAGAAUUCAACUUUUAGUUUCUCUUUUGAGAAAAUGUUUGUUAAUAAUGUGCUGGUUGCAAAAAAAAAGGCAGUUUUGGGAGGACGUGGAUAGCUAAAUUUAUUUUAUGUGUACAGUGGGUAUUUUGCACCUGUGUUUAAAAAGAAAUCUCUUAAGAAAUUUGUAAGAUUUUGUAAAAUAACAACAACAGGAAAACAGAAAAAGCAAUAGUUAUGUUAUCAAAGCCUUUGCUAGUACUGUCUGGUUUAGACUAUUGACAGUGAGAUUUCUCACCCUUUGAAAGCAGGUGGACAGUGCUGGAGCCUGUGCGUUGUCUUCGCAGAUGCUGCAUAGCCUCGGAGCAACAAGCAGCAUUUCCUACUGCCCUGGAACUGUGACAGCACUGCUUUUGGAGAUAAUAAUCUGCAAUACAAAGAGGAGCCCAAAGGCAAGAGGCACUCAAUAUUCUUGGAUCUUUGCUUUCAGUUCUGUGGGAGUAGCUUUAUGCAAGUCUAGAAAACUUGCUUCCUCUGUUUAGGAACUGAAAAGAUUAAGGCUGCAGCUGCUACUGCUGCUGCAUUUAUACUCACUCCACUACUUUCCAAUGAAGAAUGGAGGGGGGGAGCAAGAAAAGGCCUCAAUCAAGAGUACCUAAGAAAAGAAAUAUGGAAAUUAUAUAGCAUGUGUGUGUUGUUGCAAGAUAAAGCCCAGUUUCCUUCCUAUCAUCACCAAAGAAUUUGGUAAUAUCUUGUUAGGAAGUAUAGACUUAACAGCUUCUGUACAGUUGUUGUAUGACUGUAGGAGCAUGCUGAGAGUGGGAGAUUAAAUCUGUUCCAUUUACACACACUAAUUUUGUUUUUAAAAAAACCAGUCCAGUAACAGGCGUCUUAACCUUGCUAAUCUCAGGCCUCGGUGAAAGCACUAUAUAGUUUAUAUCUUAAAGCAUAAGGGAAAAGUGUUUCAUUCUUGUGAUCAAAUGUGUGUUCCUUUAAGGUUCUACAGUAAAGUUGAAUAUAAGAGUAAAGUUCCUUUUUAAUGCUUGUUUUAAAAUAGAAUUACGUAGUCUUGGUUUGCAAUGCUUCAGUUUAUGGAAAGCUCCAUCAGCUGCCCUUUAGAUCAAGAAUGAACUUUGGUGUACAACAUUGGCAGUGAUAUAAUUUGUUCUGUUUUCCCACGAAAAACUGCAUAUUAAUUGUCAACAUGCAUUUGUUAUUAGUGUUUUCGAAGGUUCUGAAUCAAAUGUGUUAAAGCUAAUGCUUUGCUAUGUAAAUUUCCCAGCAGUUGUUGAUCUCUAAUAUAUCGUACAUACAGCUGUAGAAGGUUGUCAAAUCUUGUUUCAGGAGUUUUGUACAUAGAUGUACUGCUAUUUCUAGCCACUGUGCUAAACAGUAUUCAGAUUACCACACAAUAUUGCUUUACAUGAGGAAAUGUGUGGCUUUUGUUUUGUAUUUUUUCAGUAUAGAUAUUCUUGUGUCUUAUUUAAAUAAAAUUAUUAGGAAAAAAACUCCACACAUCCCCUACAACCUGUAAUAUAUAUAGUGUUUUGUUUAUUUGAAUGCUGUGAGGCACUUAUUCUAAACGUUCUGAGAGAAUGUGGUCUAUAGCAGAAAUAGAGGAAAGGUGGCCUUCAGGGUUGUUUUUGUGAUUCCAGGCCACAUUUUGGGCUGCAGAAUCAAGACUGUUAAGGCAUCUAGAGAUAGGGUCCCAUCAUCAGUGCUCAGAUAUGAAGUUGCAGCAGUACGUCCUAAAACAUUAUCUAAGACAACAUUUCUAAAAAGACAAAAUUAAAGAUAAAAGGAGAGGAAAAGAGUGUGUUGGUUCAAUCUUCUCAGAAGAAAGGAAAUUUGAUGGACAUAAGUGUGAUUGCACCUUCUGGAUGCCAUCAUGAAUUGGAAAGUUUGAGUCAGGAGGAAAACCUGGAUUAAGGAGAGUUGCCAGCCACUCAGACAAGGCAAUGGUUUCAAGCUUUUCAGUUUAUAUGAACACAGUGCUAUUACAAACUCCAUUCUGGCUAUUUAUCGUCUGGCUAAACUAAGCACUGCUUCUUGCUUUUGAUGCCUCCCCAAUAGGCCCACAGACUUAGUAAAAUAGACUCAAGCAGACAAGAUGACUGGGUUUCUUCUCACUCCCUCUUUGCCCCACAGAAUGGGCUGCAUUGAAUCAAAGACAAGGCAUUGUGCAUACAGAGGAAAUUCUAAGAAAUAUAAGAAAAUUUAUUUUUCCUAAAAUUGAAGCUUUAAAAACAGGUCACAUCUUAUAUUCAGUGGCUACUUUGGUGGAAUACAUCUGCACAAACUGCCUUUGGACAGACUGCCUUGACAUCAGUAAUGCUACUCCCUCCCCCUUGCACAUGCUAACGGAGCCUUCUCAGAAAUUCAGUUCAAGAGGUAUGGAGCCAAAAGCUCCUAACCCCUGGCUCAGACUGAAAAGAGCACUGACGUUAUGGAUGUAGCUGCUCUUUUCACCUAAUUAGCAGGACUUGGACAUGUUUUAUGGAGAUAAUAAGGAGUGUACCCAUAUAGUCCUAAAAUGGCCUGUCUAGCAGGCCUGUGGUGGGACUCCCAUAUUUUUACCAAAUUUCUGUCAGUAUGACUGUCAAUAAAAGACAAAAAAAGACAUAAAAUAGGGAAGGCUCCGUGCUUUCAAUGCUAAAAUGUCUGCACGCAAUAGAGAUGCUUAUCCAGCAACAUUAAUCACAGUGUCAGAUUCAGCAAAAAUCGAUUUCACCCAUGCAUUACUAUCACCACUGAGGGAAAAAGCUUUGAUCCAGAACAUAGCAGCUGGACUUUAGUUUAGCACAUGUCCAUCGGCGCUAGUAACACUACGUCAAUUCUAUUGGCUGCCUGUCUGUUUGUUUCUACUCCACUGAAAGAGCCGUCCGGACCAUCUAAUCAUGAAAUAGGGUAAAACAUAAUAUGCUUAAUACAAGCAUGCCUAAACUCUGGAGAUGGGGGCAGAGAGCCUUGCUUUCUGUACUAUCACUUUUGACCGUUCGACCAGUCAGAUGUUGGUGGUAAUUGAACCACAAAUACUAGAAGACCUCUCUCAGGCUUACAGCCUGACAUCUUUUUAACAUAAUCUGAGAAUCUCUUUUCCCCUUCUGGCUCAGCAAUAUUGUUUUGUAUUACUGCUUCUUGAGGGCAAACCACUUUAACAUAUGAUAAAUCAAUAUUUCCUUUUGUUCCAUAUUUUUAUGUUAUAAAACACAUGGGUAGAAAUCAAAAAUUGAAACUUCAAGCUGACAUCACUUGCUGGCUUUUGUAAGUUGUCUAGAAACAUUGCCAACAGAACAAUGUCCAAAGACAAUAGUUAAAGGGGGGAAAUAACUGAGACAACCCAAACGUGCUCAAACGCAGAACCACUUGCUGAACCCAUUAGGAAUUUCUGACAAGGAUCCAGAGAUGCUAUUUUCAAGUCAGACCAGAUAGCACUACAGAGAAAAAGGAACCGCUAAGAGGAAUGAAAUAUUUCCUUUACAAGAAGCCAACCACCCUCCGUUUGGAAGGACAGAAAUUCAACUACACUCUGCAAAACAAAACAAAAACCAACAGCACUCAGUAAGAGGGGGAGAAUAGAGACACCAGCCAAAAUGUGGCAUCAGCCUCCUGGCAGGCACUUUUAACAUGCCUCUUUGUUAUUAAAGAAGUAGCAGCCACUCUUCUAACUAUGCAUCAGCCUUGAGGUACAGGCAGUUUGUUCAAUAAACAGGUUCAUAGAAGAAUUGUUGCAUUCUUGUGUUGGCACAGAGAAGCAAUCUGCUACGAUUGGGUCUUCCAAGUGCCAACUAGACAAGUCAGGAACUUGUGUUCUUUCAUUAUGACUAUUAAGUGCAAAGUUCCACUAAGAUCUUGGAGAUGGAGCAACACUCCUUAGUUCAGUGUGGCUAAUCUUAAGGAGAAAUCGUAGCUCUGAAGACCCAGUGGUAUAACUGUUUGAGUUUGACUAGGACUCUGGAAAACAAUAUUAAACUGGUAUCGUACCCCCUGUUUCAGAGGUGAAAUGGAGGAUCAGAAGGAACUAAUGGCACACAGCUGAGAUUCGAACAUGAUUUUGAGGACUUGCCUUUUAGUUCCUUAGUCCUUUGCACAUGCAUCAUUCAGAUAAAGAACUUGUUCCUUUUUAAAGGUGCUCUCAGUCUCCAUGAGUUGACCGCUUUAAAUUGGCCAAUCCUUAUAUUAAAAGGGGAGAAUCGCUUUCAAACGGGAAACCAAAUUCAGUUUCUGAGAAGGUCAGGGAGGGCACAUUCUGGGGGUGAGGGGGAACAAAGGGGACAGGACACUGUCAUUUUCCAUGGCUACUAAAGGCCCGUCUUUGCUACUAUUAUUGAAGAAGAAAAAGCUUGAACAUCACAUCAAGGGAAAACAUCAAGCACACAAGUAAUUCAGGAAAUAUAUUCUCAUGCCAGAGGAAAUGCUUUUGUUUAAAGAGAAAAGGGAGAGGAACAGUGACUUCAGCUCUAUUGAACUCCAGUUGUGUAGUUGGAGCUGGAAUCCAUAAUUAGAAAGGCCCCACUCCUGGGAAGCACCUCUAUACUGCAACCCAAAAUUCACACAUUUUGUCAGAUCUAUGGAUCUCCAGCAUUUUCAGGGUUAGAGAAGCUGCUAUGGAGAAAAGAGGCAAGAAAACCUGUUUUUGCCAGAUCCAAUUGGAUAGAGCGACUGGAAAUAUAAAGAGCAUUCUAUGUAUGGUUCCCUCAUAGAUUAGUAUUUGGCAUUAGCAAAACUUAACUGCAUUGAAGAAAUAAAAUAAAUUGCCUGUAACGUUUAGUUGGAAAGAAGGACACAUGAAGGUACAGCAAAGCUGUAUUUCAAAAGUAAUGUGAUGAGUAAGAAUAAAAUUGCUCUGCAGGGGUAACAAGCAAUGUUUCCAGUGACUUUCAAAUGUUUUUGGAUGCAUUCUAGGCAGUCAUAUUUCAAGGCUUUUGCCUUGAAAUACAAAUUGCUACAAUUUUGAUUUCACUUAAUCUCUAAAACAAGUGGUGCGUAUGAGGGAGAAGAGGACAGAGAAAGUAACAGAAAAAGAAAAAAGUAAUAUAAUCAUUAAACAACUUUUUCAACACCAUAAUGGACUACUUUAUGAAGGUCCUCAACAGGAGGUUGCAGAUACUGUGAAAAACCAUUUUGCCAUAAUCCAUUGAGAGAGAUUACAUCAUUUCCAACCGUUAAGUAGGAGACACUGACCUAAUUAGGUACCUUGAAACAGCUGCCAUACAUAGUUCCCUCUGACAACCUUGUUGUUUUCAGCCUUCCCACUUGGUGACUUCCAUCUCUGUUUUCCUGACCCUGGAGUAGCUACAGUUUAAGGACCUCAUUCCAUGAAUUUUGGGCUCCGUUUCCAUGUGCUUCGGAAACGGAGUCCCAGAGAGGCCAUCACAUGAUGUAGGGUAAGUAGUCCAUUUCCACAGCACAUGGAAAUAGAGCCCAAAAUACCCGACUCCAAACAGGUGAAAGCUGGAGAAAGAUGGACCUCAACGGGGAAAAAAUGUGAGAUGGCUGGCCAUCCCAGAAGACAGCCUCAGCAGGAGCCCAUGGCAUAUGAUUUGCUCUCCACCCCCCCCCCCCCCCCCCCAGUUCAUGGGAUGAGGUCCUAAGAUUCUGCUAACUGCUUGCUGGCUUUGUUUAUGUGGAUUAUCGCUGACUUGCCCAAUGAAUCCUGGACCAGCUGAUUAGCUACCUUCUUGCUUCUCCUUUCAUCCUGCUAAAUAUUUUGUACCUGACCUGGACUGAAUGAAUACCUGACAGCUCUUGUAUUCUAGCCACCUGAUUCUUGAGAUACUUGCUGACUGGCAUAUAGAACAAGGGGCCAUUUUUAGGACCUUCCAAGGACAUUACCUCCUCUGAAAACCCCAAAGUGACCAGGAGGAGAUAAUUAUUUUGGGGGGGGGGGGAAAUCAGCUGUUGACUAUUUCUGCAUUUGGUACCAAAGUCUCUGUCAAAUAAGUUAUGUCCAAGAAAAUGUCUAAUUUGUUGAUGAAGGUAUAUCUUAUAAUUCUUAUUAAAAGCUUUUUCUAAUUUGUUGGA